GAUCACGGUAUACACAUAGUAAUGCUCGUUGGAUUUAUAUUGACAUUAUUGGGAUUAUCUCAAUUAAUUGCUGGUUCGGCAUUCACUUUCAUCUUGGGUGCCCAAGAAAAGUCAUGUUAUUAUGUAUUCACCAAAAGGGAAUCAACCAGUAUUCGAUACUACUUUGCCGUACAAAGUGGAGGAUCAUUUGAUGUUGAUUACGUGAUUACUGAUCCAGAUGGAAACGUUAUUCUCAGUGACCAAAAACAAAGACAAGGAGAUUACGUAUUUACCGCCCACAAGGUUGGUGAAUACGAAUUUUGUUUCUCGAAUGAAAUGUCAACAUUUGCUGAAAAAGUGGUUGAUUUUGAAAUUACUUUUGAUAAUGAAGAUGAUGCCAAUGGAUUCAAGGCCAAUAUGCCAGAACAACCAAAUGAAAAGCCUUUAGCUCAUGUAGAAAACAUGCAAUCUACUGUUAACAAAAUUGAACAACAAUUGGAUGGUUUAUACAAGACUUUACAAUAUUACAAGACUAGAAAUAACAGAAAUCAAGCCACUGUUAGAUCAACUGAAUCAAGAAUUUAUUAUUUCUCAAUAUUUGAAGUUGCCUUAAUGGUUGGAAUGGCAUUUUUACAAAUCACAAUUGUUCAAUUGUUUUUCAAAGGUUCAAGAAAACAAUUAGUUUAGGUUUUCUAUUAAAAAAAAUACAUAGUUUAUUGUACAAUUUAAAGGU